AAAACAGUUAUGUAUGAACUAAAAAAGGCUUCUGCCUUCCUUGUCCCCAAAACAAUAUUUUCCAGCACAUCUUUUAUAUUCCACUACCUUUAGCAACUAUGGCUCCUCCGCCUGACUGGAAAUUAUCAAACAAGAGCAAUGUAGUGCUCACCGCCGCCGAAAAGGGCAAAUAUGGCGUUAUAGCAGCUAUAGCAUACAACAUCGAACAUAUCAUCGGCUUCAUAAAAGCGGCGGAGGUCGCCAAAUCACCUAUCAUCAUUCAAUUUUUCCCCUGGGCGGUGACAUAUUCUUCUGGAUUACUCAUUCGAACCGCUGCAGACGCCAUAUCUCGCUCGCCCUUACGAGACCAUAUUGUAUUACAUAUGGACCAUGCCCAGGAUUACAACUUGAUCAAAGAAUGCGCCGACAAUUUGCCGUUCGAUAGUAUAAUGGUUGAUAUGAGCCACUAUGAAAAAGAAGAAAAUCUGCGCAAAACACGCGAGUUGGUGGCCUAUUGUCAGGAGAAGUGCAUAGCGACUGAAGCCGAGCCUGGUCGUAUAGAAGGAGGGGAAGACGGCGUCGUGGACACGGAAGGUUUGGAGGGAAGCAAAACUACUCCUGAGGAGGUCGACGAGUUUGUAGAUACAGGAGUUGAUGCUCUUGCGCCGGCGUUUGGGAACAUGCAUGGAGAGUAUUGGAGUAUUGGGCCACAAUUGGAUUUCCUUCGCCUUGGCCAGAUCCGCAAAAACAUUAGUAGCAGAGUUCGAAUUGCUCUGCACGGUACCAAUGGCUUCCAGGAAGAUCUAUUGAAGAAAUGUAUCGCGGAGGGAUGUUCUAAGAUUAACGUGAACCGACUCGUUCUGGAUGAUUACUACGACCACCUAAAAGCAAAUGCGCCUACCAUGUCACAGACGCAGCUUAUGACCGAGGGGACGCAAAAGGUAGUCGACCUCACAGUGAAGUGGAUGGAAAUCUGUGGUAGCGCCGGGAAAGCAGUUUAAUGAUACAUUAUCAGAAGUUAUAAAAGCAUACAUACAAUUGAAGCCUUCGAACUUUUGAAUGGCACGAGAACAUAUCAUGUUUUAUCACGAGACGAAUGAAAUUGGUG